AAAAAAACCACUAGAAGAAGAACCAACUCCAGCAGGAAGACUCGGAGUUACGUGCUAAAAAGUAAUUAUUAAGUCUAAGUUAAGUUUGUUUUAGAGAUAACCCCACAUCCAAGAUGCUGGACUUGUACAGACGCACGGUGGCGCGAUUUCCAUUGGGUAGCGUUACCUAUAUGUUCGCCUACGGAUCUGGCGUGAAACAACAGGAGGGCUAUGAAAAACUGGGUAAUGGAAAUGGUUGGCGUCCAGCGCCGGGAAGUGUUGUAGACCUCGUAUUCUGUGUUAAGGAUGCCAAAGGAUUUCAUGCGGAGAACCUGCAUCGCCAUCCGGAUCAUUAUUCUGCUCUAAGACUCCUGGGAACUAACUUUCUGGCCAAGUAUCAAGAGCGUUUGGGUGCCGGCGUCUACUGCAACACUUUGGUUCCAUUGGCGGAUGUGGGUUUGACCAUAAAGUAUGGAGUAGUGUCUCAAGAACAACUACUUCAGGAUCUGCAGGACUGGCGACAUCUCUAUCUAGCUGGAAGGCUCCACAAACCCGUGACGAAUCUGGUUAAUCCAUCAGAUAAUCCUCCUUUGAAGGCUGCCCUGGACAGGAAUCUUUUGUCAGCCCUACAAGUGGCUCUACUGCUUUUACCCGAAAAGUUCACAGCCUACGAUUUGUUUCACACCAUUGCCGCUUUGAGUUACAAAGGAGAUUUCCGUAUGAUUUUCGGAGAAAACAAGCGGAAGGUUCACAACAUCGUCAAUCCACAAAUUAACGACUUCUUCUCCUUGUAUCAACCUUCAUUGGGGCAGCUCUCCAAUUAUGUGGCUGUAAAUAUGAAGGGACAUGAGCCAGGAAGUAGGAAACCAGCCAUAAUCUUUGAGCAGGAUAAAUCCUCGACAGCCACUGCUCAACACCUUCACCAAUUGCCCGAGGAGCUCAAGAAACGACUGGAGCGGAAUGCUGCCUGCAGUGGCGACUACACCAAGGUGGUGGAGUAUCUAUCCAUGGCUUCACAACUACCGGAAGUGGUGCAGGCAUCCGUCAACGACAUCGUUUGGCGCAGCAGUGUCACGCAAUCGAUCAAAAACAUUGCCAGUGCGGGUGUUCUUAAGUCCCUGGUCUAUAGCUACCGCAAGGCUCAGAAAACAUUCGCUGUUUAGAUAAUUUCUUUUUGGGCUAAGCCCUUUAGCUGCCAAUCGACCGUCUAGUUGUCCUAUCCAAUUGCAUUUCGUUAUAUAUUUUUAAGCCUAAAAGUUGUUAACUGCAAUAUACGUUUAGCUCAAGCCAAA